AAACCAAACGAUUUCUUAUUCAGUCGACAAUAUUUUGGUACUCGUCUGGACAGCCGAUUAUACAACUGAAGUGUACUUCGUCUCCUGAAUUACCGUUUUACAGUAAAGAUGAUUUUGGCCGUGAAGGUCGCGUUGUUGGCUCUCGUGGUUUACAGAGCUGACGCUGGCUGUAGCAGAUCAAACUGGUGGACAAGCUUGGACAGGCAGGGACUAUCAAAGUGUAAGGAUGAUAAUGAUUUCAUCUCGGGUUUUUAUAGAAGCGACAAAUAUGAUUGGAACGACGACCCCUUGUGGUUGUUGGAAGAAGCGGAAUGUUGCACUAGGAACUCGCCUUGGUCAAACUACUCUAAAACACAAACCGUGUAUGCUGAUUGGUGGCUGACGUUAGACAGAGACAAUACUUGGGCUAAUUGUCCAGCUGGUUUUUUCCUGAACGGUAUUUACAGAAGUGAAAACACCCCAGGUCUCUUACAUAACAUUGAAGAAGGGAGAUGCUCCAAGCCAGCCGACCACCCCUAUUACCAUGGAGACUGCUAUAACCAUGAUAUCACCGCAUGCUUUGAUAACAAAGGCUUAUGUAGAUGUUACAACGACUACUACGUCGCUGGUAUAUAUCGCGGUGGUUGUGAUAAACUCUAUUGUCUAGAUACGCUGAGAUGUUGUAAGACAGUUUCAGGACCGGAAGAACUAGACGAGCUGUACAUGGUGAAGACUCGCAUCAUGGACACCACGAUGUCGGACAUGUCUUAUCUGGCUCAUUAUUUGGGUUACGGCUGGUGCUCGGGUUGUAGAGCAGCGUAUGUUGGAGAAGAUUUUAGAAGAAACGGCGACACUUGGAACGCUGAUAAAAGUGGACGCUGUAAUGGGUACAUGAGUGACAAGCGUCUGAGCAUGGCCUACGGUGACUGGAGCUUUGGGAUAAAGGACAUCAAGUACGGAACACCUGUGAUACAAGACUUGACUCCCGAAACGAUAGACUCUGGUACCAUAUAUAACAAUGACCCGCAUAAUGCCACAAAGACUAUCACGAGAUCUGAGACCAGCGUCCGUAGCGUCACCCACACCACAACAAGUUCUUGGAAACACAGCAACGAACUGAAUAUCCAGGUGAGCUACAAACCACCCUCAGCCACAGGGGGUGCCGAAGGGUCUGUCGGCUACAAGUUCAACUUCGAGAAAAGCACCACAACAUCAGAUGAAACAAGGAAUGUACAGUCGAUCACCUUUACGGUUAAUACAUCUAAAACUCUAAAAGCGAAUUCAGCUUCUAAAUGGAGCCUCGUCUUGUCUAAAACAAGAACCUCUGUGACCUACACAGCCACCGUUAUAGCAAAGUUUUCCUGUGAACUUCAAGGUUUUCUGCGUUGGGGUGGAGGAGCAAGCAGUAUCGAUACCAACUACCAUUACCAGUAUCGUGGUAGCGGAGAUCGUCCCACGUUUAACUACAGAUUUGGUGACUCCAGCAUUCCCUUCUACACAGCCCUGAAACGACAAAGCGAAACCAACUCACAGCCUUGGUUGUGGAACGACAUCAAGAACGCCUACCCGCUUGCUCAAAGUUUAAUUAACGAUUUGUGUAAUGAAAACAGGUACGUCUUCACAAUAACUGGCAGGUUUGAUGACGUCAUUGGCAAACACGUCCAGUUCCGCUGGGACGGUAUACCGUUACGCAAGCGAUCAGCCAACCGUGGCGAGGACGUGCCUGAUGUCAUACACCAGAACUCCACUCACGUCGCCAAGGCUCUGCCUAACGAUGUUCCACUGGUGAAGCUUGAGCCUCCUAAAGUCAACAUAGAGGUUAAGAACCAAGCCAAGAUAGAGAAGCAAGCUCCAUCUGGGUUUUAGCCACAUCGCACAAUCCGUUGAAUAAUGA